CCGCUCAUCAAGGCACUUGCAGUUUCCCUUCUUUUUAGGGCCCCUGUUGCCCCACGAUGCAACAGUCUUUAGAACAAGCUCUGGACCGUGCGGACUAUAUCAUUGCCAGUGCCCAGCAAAGGCCUCCUAAAAGGAAAGGCUCAGCGAGUGGGGGAGCAUCUCUGGAUGAAAAACUUUAUGACCUAUAUGUGGAAGAAUGCGGGAAAGAGCCUGAGGCUACGGAGGAAUUAAGAAGCAACGUGAACUUGUUGGAGAAGCUCCUGAGGAGAGAGUCGUUGCCGUGCUUAGUGGUCAACCUAUACCCAGGAAAGGAGGGAUAUUCGCUGAUGCUCGAGGGCGAAAAUGGAUCCUAUUCGGAGACCAUUCGACUGCCUUAUGAAGAAGGGGAGUUGCUCGAAUACUUGGAUGCUGAACAAUUACCUCCUGCUCUGGUGGAUCUCCUGGAAAAAUCUCAGGUUAACUUUUUUCACUCUGGGUGUGUCAUAGCCCAGGUACGGGACUACAGGCAGUGCAGUCGGGAACCUCCCGGCUACGCGAGCAGGCAUGUUCUCCUGCGGCCAACGAUGCAGACGUUAGCCUGCGACGUGCAGUCCAUGAGCAGCGAUGACCAGACCUGGACCCAGGAAGACAGGCUUUUGCUGGAGAGCCAGCUGAUCUUAGCUACGGCCGAACCGCUGUGUCUUGAUCCUUCUGUAUCAGUAGCCUGCACUGCAAACAGGCUGCUCUAUAACAAGCAAAAGAUGAACACUGGCCCCAUGAAAAGGAGCUUCAAGAGGUAUUCUGCACCCUCCCUGAACCGGCAGCAGGAGCUGUCUCAUCGUCCACCUCCUCCUGAGCUGAGAGUAUGGCCUUCUUACAAAAAAAGCAGAGAAAGUACAACAAGUGAGAAUUGUGACUUCGUAAUUUCUAAACCGCGGAAUUAUGUAGAUACGUGGAAACAGAGACCCUGUGACUUGGCUGUACCUUCUGAAGUGGACGUGCAGAAAUAUGCUAAAUGGGAGACGUUUGUCAAAUAUGAUGAGUCAAAACCAACAGACUGGCCAGCCCACGAGGCAAAAGAUGAUUUUGAAUUUGGAUAUGAAGGUGGCGAUGAGUCUCAAACAAAGCCAGCCUUCAUGCAGUCACUUAAUGAUCCACUUAUCUCUGGUAAAAGAAGGGUACGUAAAAAAAGCAGACAUGAAAGACAGGCGUCCCCUCUGCACUCCUCCACAGGUGACCAUUCAACUAGUGUUCUGCCUAGGUCAAAGAGUGAUGCUGGGAGGGAAGUCAUUCAGUCACAGGUCUUGGUCAAGCAGAAGGCCAAAUGUCCGGUCACUGUGUCACACAGCUCCAGUGGCUCAGCCAGCCUCAGCCAGCUGCCUCCAGGGAAAGAAACAGAACAGCCUGAGAUCGUGUUUGUUCAGUCUUCAGUCCUGGGGAAGGCAGUCAGCCAUCCAUCUCCAGCCAUCAAACCUCCCUCAAGCUCAGGAAAGACUUGGUCAGGUAACAGUUUUACUCCAUGGCAGGGAAGCACCUUUCUUAAAUCUCCAUCUCCUGCUCCAGCUUCUAAGCCACCAAGUCCUUCCCAGAAAUCCCCUGUGGAAGUGAAUCCAAUUAUUAACAUGCCUCCUACAGCUACUUUGUCCAGUGCUAGCUCCUCAGAGAGAACCUUGGCCACCCAGGUCAUGGCCAAUUCUGCUGGCCCCAACAUCAUCCAAGUGGUGGGCCCUGUCAGUGGAGUCCAGGCUUGGGCAAGGGAUUCCAGCCUUGGGCAGGGCUCUACCACUGGGGCCACAGCUCCUGCGGGAAUCAAGCCCAGUAACCUGCCCUCAGGAUCUUGGCCACCAAAUGUAGGGCCCCCGGCACUGCAGGCUCCUUCUCAAGCAGGUGUUCAGUUUUUUUUUAAAGAUGCCCCAAGUAUCAGGCCAGUAAGCAUGUUCCAGCUUCCACAAGGUUCAUACCUUUUGAACACCCAGCAACUGAACACCCAGCAACAGCCUCAGCAGCAGUGGCUCUAUCAGCUGAUUCCACAACAACAACUUCGACAACCUACAGCUUCCAGUCAGCAGCCCACAGCUCCUCAUCCUCAGCAGCCAGUAUCACAGGGCUCAAGUGCACAAGGGUCAACCAGUCAGAGAACAGCCUUAUCUGCUCAGCAAGCUGUUGUCCUUAACCUUGCUGGAGCAGGAAGUUUGCUGCAGCCCCUGCAGGCAGCUGUGUUGUCUCCACUUGGCUGUGUGGAGAGCCAGAGAAGACCUGAGCAGAGCGGCGCUCAGCACACACUGCAGCUGUCCUCUGCCUUACAGCUGCAGUCCCAGCAGCAGGUACAGCUGAGAAUUCUGCCACACCCAGUGGCUCUGACAACAGUGGCCGCCCCAACAGCUCAGCCACAUCCAUCUAGCGAGCAGACAGCAAAUCAGUCAACAGGUAAAAUGAAGAAAGGCACACCAACCACUCCAAAAUCCUAG